GUGAUUAAACUAUUUACGGUUAGACUUCCCGCUACGGGUGUUUAGGAUGCAUGUCGUUCCGACGUUGUGUUCCUCGGUAACUGUAAUUACGCGAAUUCGCUUGGUUUACGACGAACGCUGCGAGACACAUCACCGAUCCAUUGAGACGUGAACGUGUACCGGCGCUCGAGCUGAAUUAUUGUGUAGAAAUUGACGCGGAGGAUUCUGGAUCGCCCUCGAAACCGCACACAAAGUAGUUUCGAGUAAUGGAUUUAAUUGGAUGACAGUCGAGGGAAAAAGUCACGUUACCAGAGAUCUCGGAAUUCGUACGACCAAGUCCACUCGCUAAUCAUUCUGCGAGUUGGGAAAUAUGUCCGUCAUAUUCCAAUGGCUCGACCAUGGCUAGGGUGUUUAUUCGGCAUUUUAAUACCAUCGACGAUCUUUUACCUGUAUUUGUUAUUGAACGUUCCUUCCGCUGGAAUCGGUUCCUUCAAACUCGAUGGAAAAUCAGGCCCGUUCUCUGUGGAUAUAGAAAAAUCGAGUUUUCACGUGGAUGGGCCUAUUCUCCACAAGUUGCGCUUAGAGAGUAAUCGUGCCGAGGUAAAAUGCGAGACCAUCCACAUCGCGAUGGUGUGCGCCGGAUACAACUCCACGUUCUCUCUGGUGACAGUAGUAAAAUCCAUUUUAUUCUACCGCACUAAACCUUUGCACUUUCACUUGCUCGUCGACGAAAUCGCGAAGAGAACUCUGACGACCCUGUUUCGCACAUGGGAUUUACCGCAUGUGAACCUGACGUAUUACAAGGCCGAACUAUGGGUGCCAAAGGUGUCGUGGAUCCCAAACAAGCAUUACUCGGGUGUUUACGGUUUGCUGAAGUUAAUUCUGCCGGAUGCGAUGCGGGUGGACAAGGUCCUCGUAUUCGACACCGACGUGACCGUUUUGAACGACGUCGGUUUGCUUUGGCGAUCCUUCGAGAAUUUUGAGGACGAUCAAGCCCUUGGAUUGACGGAGAAUCAAAGCCAUUGGUACAUAAAGGCGCUAUCGUACGGUCAGCGACCAUGGCCAGCUUUGAGCAGAGGCUUCAACACAGGCGUGAUGCUAAUGGACUUGCAGCAACUCCGUAACAGAAAAUUUACAACCCUCUGGGAAACGGUCACGAAACGGGUGCUGGCACAAAUACCGGAAACUAGUUUGGCCGAUCAGGAUGUGAUAAAUGCUGUUAUCAAAGAGCAUCCCUCCAUCGUGUACAGAAUAGAGUGCACGUGGAAUAUUCAGCUAAGCGAGCACACGAUCAGCGAUCUUUGCUACCGCGACUCUGGACGGAUAAGCAUCGUGCAUUGGAAUUCCCCUCGAAAGCAGGAUGUAUAUAAUAAGCACAUCAACGAGUUCCGUAAAUGGCAUAAAGUCUUCCUCGAGAUGGACGGGAAUCUUUUGCGCAGACGCCUAUUCGAUUGCGAUAAACACGAAGCAGUGUCCCAAUACAACGAAUCAAGUCCCUGUCGGGAUUUCAUGAGAGGCGCGACCAUGUUGUAUCGCACGCAUCCUUUCCUCCUGGAGUACGAAUACAACGUGUACGCUCCGGCGGACGUUGCUCUGGUAACUCAGUGUAGCGUGGAAAGAAUACCGUUGCUGGAGGACCUGUCGAAACACUGGCCCGGCACCAUAAGCGUCGCGCUAUACCUCACCGACGCGGAGGUGCAGAACUUCCUCGAGUUCGUCCGCGGCUCCAUCGAGCUGCGCAAGAGAAAGAACAUCGCCUAUCACGUCGUCUACAAAGACGGGGAACUGUAUCCGAUCAAUUAUCUGAGAAACACUGCCAUGUCGUAUGUGUCGACUCCGUUCAUUUUUCAAUUGGACGUGGACUUUCUUCCGCAAUAUGGCCUGCACGAGAGCCUCAUGGGCUACAUCACCAAGUUGAACGUCAGCGAGUCGGACAGGGUAGCUUUGAUCGUCCCUGCGUUUGAGACUGAACGUUAUAGGUUCACUUUCCCCGCAAAUAAGGACGAGGUGUUAAAGUUCCUGAAGCGUGGCGUUCUGUACACCUUCCGGUACCACGUUUGGACGCAGGGUCACGCAGCCACGAAUUACAGUUAUUGGCGAAACACAAUGGAACCGUAUGAAGUCUCUUGGGAACCAGAUUUUGAGCCGUACAUAGUGGUCUCGAAAUUGGCCCCUCGUUACGACACGAGGUUCAUCGGUUUCGGAUGGAACAAAGUUUCCUAUUUAACCCAUCUGACGGUAUUAGAUUACAAGUACAUUGUCUUGCCGGAUACGUUCAUUAUCCAUCGGCCUCACGCCCCUAGUCUCGACAUCGGCAAGUUCAGAACCGACUCUAUUUAUAGGAGAUGUCUGAAAAAGUUGAAGGACGACUUCGUCGAAGAACUGGUGACAAAGUAUGGCGAGAGUGCCCUGUCAAAGUUGAAGAAAGUAACCAAAGAAGAAAAGAUACUAAAACUUGUCGGAACCAAAUAAUACUAUAUACACGGACUAUAUUUAUGAUAUUUUAAGAGACUGUAAAGACGCUGAUGUUAUGAUUAUUUUCUCAAUAAAAAUGCUCUCUGAAAAUUCAUGGAAACGUU